AUGUAUGAAUACAAAGAAAAAAGAGAUCAAGAAAAAAAAAAAUAAUUAAUAAAAGCAAUUUUAAUAUAAUAAAGAAAAAAAAGUAAAAGAAAGAGCUACUUAAAGAGGGCGAGUCAAAUUGUAUAAGAAGAAACAGACCCAGAUACUUAUAAGAAAAAUUUUUAUUUAUAAAAAUAAGUUGACUAAUUAUAGAUGCAUUAAGGUGGUGCAUAAGCAAAGUUGAAAUAGUAGGCACUAAACGGCAAUGAUGCCGCCAAUUAGCUGGCCUAGCAAUAAUUGCUGAUUUAAUAAUAACAACAAUUAUAAGAACAACUAUUGAAUAAUUCUCAAUAGUAAGCUUCUUCAGCAUAGCAGUAAGUUGUUCCUUAAUCUGCAAGCAAUUAAGGAGGACAAUAAAGUUCAAAUGCAGCUUCUGCAGCUGCAGGAACACCUUCUAAUUCCAGCUCAACCAUUGGAUAGGGCACUACAAAUUAACAAAGACUUAAAUCUCACGUACAGUAAUUUGUCAACAAGAUUCGUAAGGAGAAUGACAAAUUUUAUAAGUAAUUUGUUGAAGUUUGCAAAAAUAAUAGAGAAUCAGACAAAUGUUUUGAGUUUCAUAGCGAAAUCCGUAAAUUAUUCCUUCCUUAUGGCGACCUUCUUAUGGAGAUAAAUAAGAUGAUGCAUCCAGAUUACCAGUACUAGAUUCCUGAAUAGUCGUUGAAAACAACUUUGAAGGAUAGUUUCAACAACAGUAACGAAUUAAAUAAUCGUGCUAGUACUUCUGCCAAUGCAAACUCAAGCUCUGCUAAUGGUAAUGCAGGAAAUUCAAUCAGAGAAUCUGACAGCGGUAAAUAAAAAAAUGACAUUGAUAUUAUCAAUUCAAAUAAUUAAUCUGGCAAUAAUAAAUAACGUUCUCUGCCUGAACCACCAAAGCCAGAAGCUUCUAAAGAGGUAGUAACCCAAAAACUAUCACAGUUUUGCCAAGUUAUAAGAUCUGAAUGUCCUGAUAAAAUGGACGAAUUUGUUAAUGCUUUAAGGCAAAGACUCAAAAAUUAAGAAGACCAGUUGAGAUUAUUUAUUUAAACAUGUGAAGAAAUUUUUGGAGAAGACCAUCCAAUUUACUAAAAAGCACAAAUUUUGUUUUAAGAGCUUCCUCAAAACAGUACUUCAUAGUCUGAAAAUAAUGAAAGCACUGCAAAUAAUAUUUAAUAAAUUAGCUAAGGUCAGUUAGUUUAAAAUAUAGUAGGACCAAGCACAGGAAAAGCAAGAAAGGAUGAAGAAAAAGAGGGAAGGAGAAAAAAGAAUAAAAAUGCUUCCAAUGCUAAUAGCGUCAAUAAUGCCUCAUAAAGUGGACCAUUAGAUAGCAAAAAUAAUAACAGCAAUACUUUAGCUGCCAAUAACUAAAGCAAAGAAACUGUUAAUGGCAACUCUUCUUCAAAUGCUAAUCAAAACACCACAACCCAAUCUUCAGCAAACUAAAACUAGCAAAACUCAAAUGGGUACGUAAAAGGCUCAGUUGCAAACAAAGAUACAAAUCAUUCAAGUACUCCUAAUGGCAAUAAUUUACUUAAUGUCAAUCAAGGCAGUGGAAGCUAUAAGGUGCCUUCCACCAGAUUAGCAGAUAUGGGCAGUGAGCAAUAAUCAGUCAACAGAAUAUAAUUAAUGGGUGAUGGUGAUGGUCCUGGCAUACCCAAAAGCACAAUACAAGGAGCAACUAAAAGUGAAUAAAAUUUCAUUUAUCUGAUUGAUACUCAUAUGGAUCCUAUUGCCUUCAUGAAUAUGUUAAAGUUACUUUAUUUAUACGUAGAAUGCAUUAUUACUGCUAGUGAAAUGAUUGAAUAAGGUUCUUACCUACUUUAAGGGUUCAAUAAUCCAGAAAAGCUCAUAGAAUAACUUAAAGAUUUAGUUGAAUGUAGAGAGAGCUCUAGACGUAAAGCAACACCAUACUUCAAGCCUCUAAAUGAUUUCGAUUUUAAUCACCAUGAAAGAUUUACUCAUAGUUAUGUAGAAAUGCCUAAAUUCUAUCCAAAGUACUGCUCCAAUUCAACUGAAUUAACUAGAAGUGUUUUAAAUACAAGCAUAGUUACUGUACCCUAAGGUACUGAGCAUGUUACUUUCAGCAUUAUGCGUAAGAAUCAAUAUGAAGAAUAGUUGUUCAAGAGUGAAGAUGAAAAAUAUGAAUACGAUCACCACAUUUAAAUGUAUCGUAGAACUAUUAAAUUGCUUGAGUAAGUUGAAUAAUGUGAAGAUCCUGAGUAAUGUCGUCGUUUGAUGUAACAGGCUAUUGACUUGAAAAUGAUUGUAUGCCUUUACAAAAAUGGUUCACCUGAAUAGCAAGAAAUAUGUGAAAUUCUUUUGAGCAAUCCUAAGAAGACUGUCCUUGUCGCUCUUGAAAGAGUUAGAAGCAAGCUUAAAGAAAUAGAAGAAGCCAAAAUGAAUCAGGCUAGAAAACAAUGGCACGAAGUUGCAGAAAAGAAUUUCCAUCGUUCAUUAGAUCAUCGUUCUUUUAUUUUUAAGCGUCACGAUCGUAAAUUCACAGUAUCAACUCGUUUUGAGAAAGAACCUGAAUUCCGUAAUCGUAUGUUGAUGCGUAUUUCUUCAUACAUGACUCAUCAAUAAACAAUAAUUCAUAAAUAGCAAUAAUACCAAUAACAACAAUAAUAACUUUUACAGAUGUAACAAGGUUCAACCCGCUCUGCUGGAGCUGCCUUAGUUAAGAACUAACAUUUAAAUGAUGAUGGUAUCGAAAAUACAUAAGACUUUGAAACUGAUGUGUCAAGUUAUUUCUAAUUCCUUAACACCUUCCAAGGUACUACUAACAUUGAAAAAUGUUCUCAUGCUUCACAUGAAGAUUAACUUAUUAAAUUUGAUUAUCAAAAUGUUGCCCGUAAAUUUGCAUUACCUAUGAUGGCAUUUAUUUUCGAAGAUCCAUAGAUUUGUGAAGACACUUUUUCUCUAUUGAUGCAUUACUAGCAAUAUGCUACUAUCAAUUAAUCUGACCGUGAAAAAAUUAAACGUACUGCUUAACUUGUACUUAAAGGUUUCUUUGAUUUAACUUUUAAGCCUAUAGAGCAUACAGACAUAACAUUAAAUGAAAAUAAAGUAAUCAGAAUAGUCACAGAAAUAGAAAACAAAAUUUUUGAAAAAAUAUAAGCUUAUUUACGUCCUGUCAGCAGAGAUGGAACUGAAAUUCCUUUUGGUAACGAUAAGAACGGUAAGGGAUAGGAUGGUGAAGCUAUAGCUGAAGAAAACGAAGAAGCAACUAAAGAAGGUGAAAAAAAUAAAUCAGAUGAAAAAAGUGCAGAAGAAGAAGGUGAAGAAAAAGAUGCCAACAAUGAUGAAAAGGAAAAGAAAAAAGAUGGAGAAGAAGGCGCUUGCAAGCAAAAGGGUAAAAACACAAAAAGUCCUUCUUCUAAUUGUCUAAACUCUGCUAACAAAAAGCAACAAUCCAAAGAUAAUAACGACAAUGAUAUGGAAUUAGAAACAGAAGGCAAUGAGCAACGCAAAAACAAAUCAUAAGAAAGCGGAGAUUAAAACGAAGGAAAUCAAGAUAAAUCAAACCAUAAUAAUUAGAGCAGUUUGAAUGAUAUUCUUGAUGAUGAAAACAGUAAGACUGGAGAGAAAAUCAGAGAAAUGAGUUUUAAGAUGGAUUAAAUUGAUGAAAAUUUCUACUUGCCUAAAAUUGAUCCUGAGCAGAUGAUUGGAUUCUAUGGAACUAAAAAUUUGUAUAUCUUCUUAAGAUUUUUCUAUGUUUUAUAUGAGCGUUUGUACAAGGCUCAAGAAAUUUCACGCUACUUUGAAGACAAUGAAAAGACUUAAAAGUUAACUGAUUAAGAAAAAGAAGAACUUUCAAAAGAGCGUUACCAAACCUUUAAAAAUAUUUUAAUUGGCUCUUUGAAAUAACGUGAAACCAAGUACGAAGACUACUUGCGUUCAAUUUUCGGUAAACAAGCUUUCUUAAUGUUCACCAUCGAUAAGACACUACAAGCCACUAUAAAAAGUUUAUAAACAUUAGCAACAGAUGACUUAAGUUAAAAAUUGCUUCAUUUAUACAUUCACCCUGAAGAUCAUCGCUUGAGAUAAAGCCUUCCUUCUCGUGAAGAAAUAUUAUAUGUGAAAAUAAAUAAAAUAAUUUUGGACUCUACAACAAAAAAUAACUCAAAUUCUAGCGAUAAUCGUAGCUUCUUUAGAUUUACUCGUGUUUUAAAUUCAAAUAUUUUAUAUAUUAACUACAUCGAUUCCAUAUACAAAAAUUGGGAAAUUGAUUAAAUAAAUAAAUCUCGUGAGUAUUUCAACUUCUAUAUGAACGAUCCUACUCCUAAGUUGUAAAAUAAGACUAAUAACUCAGAGCUUCCUAUAUAUCUUUCUCGUAACAAAAGAAAGAAUGCUGAUAAACUUAAAUAAAAGCAGCUCUAAGUAUUCCAAUAAAACAACAUAGAAUAUCACACAUAUUCAAAUACAAAUCAUAUAAUUAAUUCUAAUAACUAAAAGGAAGACUAUUUAGUUUCCUCUUCAAAGCUUAAGCGUCGCGCAGUUCCUUUAGAUCAACUUGUUGAAGUAGAAUUUAACAAAACAGCCAAAUUUGAGUCUUGGUACAAUAAAUAGACUGAAUCUUUAAUCUAACUUAAAAGAUCUCAUGAACCAAGAAAAUAAUGCAAAACUACUUCCUCUACUUCUAACGCCACUUCAAUAAGCAAUACUGCUGAAGAAGCAGAAUAAAAAACUCAUGUAAAUUAAAACUAAUCUUCAAAUUCAGUAUCUAAUACUGAUAAGAAUAACAACAAUUAAGAUUAAAGUAAAAACAAUAACGAGAGUAAUCUAUAAAAUGUUUAACCAGAAUAAAGUGAAAUGAAAGAGUGA